CCGGUGGUAUUCUUGUGUAGAACCCUCUUCCUCUUCUCUCUCUACCUUGGUGUGUAAACCACACACAUACAUAUCACUCACUCUUCAUGGCUUUAUAAUACUCAAAUGAGUCAUGCCAACACUAAGAGCCAAAAAAGGACACAUCCUUUGAUUCCAAUUAACCAAAAGCAAAGUCACGGACAUGCAUCCAUAUGACCAUCGACAAUACGAGGAAGCGUUCUUGGGGAAGUUGGAGAAGGUAGACAUGUCCCCUGAGAAGGCAGUUUCGCGGACUCAAGAUGCGAACAACGGGUUGGUAUUCUUUGAGGGCAGCAAUUAUGUGUUUGAUGUGGAGGACCUUUUGAGAGCUUCUGCAGAGGUCCUAGGGAAGGGCACAUUUGGAAUGACCUAUAAGGCAAUACUGGAGGACGCGAUCACGGUGGUGGUGAAGAGGCUGAAGGACGUGGGCGUCGGGAAAAAGGAUUUCGAGCAACUGAUGGAGGCUGUGGGAAGCAUUAAACAUGAGAAUGUGGUUGAGGUUAGGGCUUAUUACUAUUCCAAAGAAGAAAAGCUCAUUGUUUGUGACUACUUCAGCCAGGGAAGUGUUGCUGAGAUGCUGCAUGGUAAAAUGGGAGAAAGUAGGCCGUCUUUGGAUUGGGACACGCGGUUACGGAUAGCCGUAGGGGCAGCGCGGGGCGUGGCUCGAGUUCAUGCCGAGGUUGGUGCAAAGCUGCUGCUAGCCCAUGGGAACAUAAAGUCCACAAACAUCUUCCUCAACUCGAAGCACUACGGGUGCAUAUCCGAUGUGGGCCUGUCGUCCAUAAUGACCUCGUUGGGCCCACCCGUGGCCCGUGCUGCCGGGUACUGGGCCCCGGAAAUGUCCGACACUCGCAAGCCAACGCACCCUUCGGACGUCUACAGCUUCGGGGUGCUCUUGCUCGAGCUCCUCACCGGGAAGUCCCCCGUGCACGCGACCGUCGGGGACGAAAUCGUCCAUUUGGUUCGGUGGGUCCACUCGGUGGUCCGCGAGGAGUGGACCGCGGAAGUGUUUGAUGUGCAGCUCUUGAGGGUCCCGGGGAUAGAGGAGGAAAUGGUGGAGAUGCUGCGGAUCGCGCUGUCGUGCGUGGUGAGGACGCCGAAUCAACGGCCGAAAAUGGUAGAAGUGGUGAAAAUGGUUGAGAACAUCAGGCAUUUGGAGAAGAGGCAAUCUUCUUAAAAUGAGAAUGCCAUUGGAACUCACUAUUGUUAGUUGCUAUGAAAGAUUUUGUGCAUUGGUGUGGUCAAUGGAAGCUCUAAACCACUUGUUAAGUUGGAUUAUGAAAAUUAACAAUUAAUUAAUGAAAAAACUUCUUAUGCACUAGGGAAUAUGAUGCUCCCUAUUAUUACCACUAAACAAUAUUCAAAUAUAAUUUGAGACAAAAGAAAGUCGCAUUCGUAUAUAUUAAGAAAAUGUGAAAUCGUUUGUUCAAGGUUGGAAAAACCCAACCAGGCGAAAAAAUUUCUUAAUAAAUUUUAAUUAUACAAUUUUCUUAGAGAGUACUCCUUCCGUCCCGGAGUAUUCGUCCAGUUUUGACUUUUGGAACUGUUCAUCUAAGCACUUUGACUCAUCAAAUUCUCUCAAUGUGUAAGCCUAAAUAUAGUCAUGUGUGAUCUUGUUUGAUUUGUCUUAACAUAUAGAUUAUUAAUAUAUAAUUUCUAUAAUUUUUUAAUAUACAAAUUACAAGAUAAAAUUGAUUAAAGAAGUGUAUUGGAU